AUGGUGUUUGUGAAGUCUGUUGAUGCAUCAGAUUUAGUCAAAGAUGCCAAAACUCUAUUUACUCUAUUCUGUGAAGUCAUUGAGUGGGUUGGUCCUAAGAACAUUGUCCAUGUAGUGACUGACAAUGCAGCCAAUUAUGUAGCAUGUGGUAGGCUGAUUAAGGAAAGUAUAAAAUAUUUAUUGUCGCCUUGUGCUGCUCAUUGUUUGAAUCUUGUAUUGAAAGACUUUUCCAGCAUGCCUCAUGUGUCAGACCUUGCUUCAAAAGCCUCAAAGAUAACAAUUUUUGCAUACAACCAUAUGGUUUUCCUAUCAUGGUUGAGGAAAAGAUCGAGUUGGAAAGAAAUUGUACGUCCUGGUGCCACAAGAUUUGCUACUACAUUUAUUACGUUGCAUAGUAUAUAUAUGCACAAAAAUGACUUGCAAGCUCUAGUUGUUGAUAAGCAUUUUGUGGAUCACAAAUUAUCCAGGACUGAGGCAGGAAAAAUUUUUAGUGCCCUCAUAUUAGAUAAUCGGUUUUGGAAUGAUUGUUAUCAAGUUGUGAAGAUUGUGUCGCCUCUCAUAAAGUUGUUGAGAAUUGUGGAUUCAGAUGAGAAGCCUUCAUUGCCUUAUGUUUAUGAAGGCAUGCGAAGGGCAAAAGUGGCGAUUAAAGAGAUGUUUAAAAGGAACAAGGAGUUGUAUAAGCCCUACACAAGCAUCAUUCAAGCUCGAUGGGACAGGCAUUUGAAGACUAAUCUUCAUGCAACAUCAUAUUUGUUGAAUUCUACAAUCAUAUAUGAUCCAGACUGUCCUAGUAAGUCAAAGUUAAUGAUGGCGUUGAUUGAUGUGGAGUCUUACUCAGAUGAAGAUGUUGAUGGUUUUCUGUGGACAUAUUAUGGUUGUUCAGUUCCAGAAUUGCAGCGUGUUGCAAUGCGUAUUCUUAGUCAAACUUCUGCUUCUUCUGGUUGUGAGAGGAAUUGGAGUUUGUUUGAAAGAAUUCAUACAAAAAGAAGAAACAGAUUGGAACAUAAGAGGUUGAAUGAUUUGGUGUUCACAAACUACAAUCUGCGGUUGAAGCAUAAGAGUACAUUGAAGAAGAAGAAAAGUUAUGAUCCAAUUGACUAUGAAAAUAUUGACAUGGUGGACUUUUGGGUGGCUGAAGAAGAUCCCACUCCAGAGUUUGAUGAUAGAGAUGUGGCUACACUUGAAAGUGUCAUUAACAAUGAAAGCAUUGCAAAUUCAACAACUCUUGAGAGGGAUAACGAAGAUUUAUAUAUAUAA